AACUGAGCUUCCUGGUCGCUGAAACAAGUGAGAGAGCCGGCCACACAAGCCACCAGCCAGGAUUUGUGAGAGGACACAGGCUGUUAAUGUCUACACUGGAAAUGUUUCUAUCCUCUACUCUUAUCAUUUUCAUCGCAUGCUUGUGUGACACCACUCAAGGUGACUCCUUGACUUGUUCAUGUAAAGAUUCUUCUGGAUGUCUUGGAAACAACUCCUGUCUACCCAGUCCUACAGAGUGCAAACUAGAGAAUGUAGCUUUUGGUAAGACAGCAAGCAUGAGUUCUCAGUACAGUGGCGGGGAUGGAACAUCAGGUCCUGCUUGCAUGGCGGUCAAUGGAAACAGAAGUCACACAAUAGUUUUUAACGACCCUGGAAGAAACUGCAUUCACACUGCCGUGUCUGAAAACACACCCUGGUGGUCAGUAGACCUGGGCACUAGCUUUACCAUCACGAGUGUCACCAUCUACAACAGGGACGGCUCCUCAGACAGACUGAAUGGUGUUACCCUGUAUGUGGAUCAGCAACAAUGUGACACUGUUAAAAACGGCAACCAGCUGGUAGUGAAUGUCACGUGCAGCCCACCAGUGAGAGGACAGAAUGUCAUUUUGAGAAAGAACACCAACCUUUUACAAUUUUGUGAACUUGAAGUAUGGGUCUGCAGUGCCGGCCGUUACGGACAAACGUGUGAUGAGCUGUGUAAUGGUAACUGUAAGAACAAUGAGACAUGUGACAACUACAGUGGCAAGUGUUGGAGUGGAUGUAAAGAUGGACUUUAUGGAGCUAUCUGCAACCAGACGUGUGGACAUUGUAGAAACAUCACCUGUGACCAAACAAGUGGAACAUGUCCAUCCGGAUGUUUGGAAGGCUGGAAGGGAGAAUUUUGCAAUACUUCCUGUUCUCCUGGAUCCUACGGUCCUGGCUGCACUCAGUCCUGUGGUGAGUGUAAAGAUGGCAACACCACGUGUAACAUUACAACAGGAGUGUGUGAGAAUGGCUGUCACACUGGAUAUGUAGCUCCAUACUGUAACCAAACCUGCCGUAAAGGUUACUAUGGAGACGACUGUAUCUACACGUGCGGCAACUGCACAGCGGGGUCCACCUGUAACUUUGAGACCGGAGUUUGUCCCUCAGGGUGUGACAGCGGCUUCCUGCGACCUUUCUGUAAUGAAACAUGUGUUCAAGGCUUUUACGGAACUGAUUGCAACAACACGUGUGGCCAGUGUGUUGACAGAAACACUUGUGAACCUGCGACAGGUGUUUGUUCUAGCGGAUGUCUAGCCGGGUACCAGCCACCCUAUUGUAAUGAAACGUGUUCCGGAGGUUAUUAUGGGAUCAACUGUAGUCUCCCGUGUGGCAAAUGCGCGGACAACACAACAUGUGAUCAUGUGAAUGGCACGUGUAACAAGGGAUGUCAGGGUAGUUUACAGCCACCCUACUGCAGUGAAAAAUGCAAUAAAGGUUACUAUGGAAACAACUGUAAUCAUACCUGCGCCAAGUGCGCUGGACCCGACACAUGUGACCCAAACAAUGGCGACUGUCCAUCCGGGUGUCAGAGCGGCUAUCAGGGACCUGCAUGUGAUGAAAAAUGCGCUGCGGGUUUCUAUGGAGACCAGUGUAAUCACACCUGUGGCAAGUGUGCAGCGGCUUCUACAUGCGAACAUGACACUGGGCUGUGUCUGGGUGAAUGUCAGAGUGGAUACCAAGGAGACAGAUGUGAUUCCCUUAAAGAAGGUGAUGGUGGCGGAAGUCCGGCAGUAGCCGGAGGCAUUGCUGCGGCAGUUAUCCUUCCCUUAAUUGUCAUCGCUGUCGUCGUCUUUUUUGUGAUAAGGCACAAGCGUCGUAGUGGUAGAAAACCGGAAGCAGGGGCUGCCCCACAUGAAGAACCAAUCAGAAACAAGAAUGACUACUCAUCGCUAUCACCUUCCACUGCCGCAGAUAAGAAUAAGCCAAGUGCCCUCGUGAAACCAAUCGUGAAGAAAGCUCCUGCACACGACAAACACUCAACACACAAUGUCAGCGACAACAUCUACAUGAACGUGACGUCACAGCCUGCUGCUGACGUCACUGACGAGCCGGUGGAGUAUGGAGAGGCUGAUGACAACUUGUAUACAAACGACAACCUGUACGCCACUUACCGAGCAUCCGGGCCUCUGCUGGACAGCGUGCAGCGCACCCUGGUGGAUCUCCUGGCCUCUGACGAACUUCCGGGACAAUUCAAGGAUUUACCAAAAGGUCUGAAAGACACUCACGAAGUGGCGAAGCUGAAGGCGAACAUCAAGAAGAACAGAUACACGUCCGUCGUACCAUAUGAUUACAACCGGGUUAUUCUCAACGAUGGUUAUCAGGAAGGAACGGCAACAGACUACGUCAAUGCCAGUUAUAUCACAGGCUUCGAAAAAGAGAAAAAGUACAUAGCCUCCCAGGGCCCACGUGACCAUACAAUAGACGACUUCUGGCGAAUGGUGUGGCAGGAGAAGGUGACUCAAAUAGUCAUGCUGACAAACACCGUUGAAGGAGGACAGAACAAGUGCGCCGAGUACUGGCCGGCACCGGACACGACAGUGACGUAUGGUCCUGUAACGGUGACCGAAGUGGACGUCCAGCGCAGGGCCAACUUCAUCGUCAGGACAUUCGUCCUCCAGACACACGAUGACAAGGCUAACCGACAGGUGGAGCAGUACCACUACCUGGCCUGGCCUGACCACGGGGUCCCCACCACCACCUCCCUCCUCAACUUCUGGCGCUUUGCCAAGUCACGUGCCCCACACACCCCGCCGCCACCUGUACUCGUGCACUGCACCGCUGGCGUCGGGAGGACAGGAACCUACAUCGGUCUGGACAUCGCCUUCGAUGAAGCUGUCGCCAGAGCAAAAGUGAAUGUUCUUGAUGUUGUUCUCAAAAUGCGUAAAGAACGCUGCAUCAUGGUUCAGACCUUGGCGCAGUAUGUAUUUCUUCACAAGGUUCUUUUGGAAGCCUACACCGGACGUAGCACAUCCUUCGACAUCCGCGCAUUUGAGGCUACUUUCCCCAGGCCUGUUGAUGCUCACAAAGAAAACCCUGUAGUCGACGCUGAAUUUCAGAGGGUUAUGCAGAUGAGGUCGUUGACGCCAGAACUGAUGUACAAAGAUGCUAGAGAAGCAGAGAACAUUGAGAAGAACAGGAGUUUAAAUGCCUUACCCAGUGAUGAACACCGGGUGUAUCUGACAGCACAUGUACCCGGUAGAAAUCAGUACAUCAACGCGGUCUUCAUGUCGGCGUACCUCUGUAACCAAGGAAACAUCCUCACACAGCUCCCUCUGCCAAACACACUGGUCGACUUCUGGCGUCUUGUCGACGGAAAUGACGUCACAACUAUUGUGUCUCUGGGCUCGGAGAGAGAGACAGAGUCAAAAGAUUUUUGUCAGUACUGGCCGGUCAACCAGAAGUUGUCCAUCCAUUGUGAGCCCUACGUUGUCGGCGUCCAGAGUAUUUCCAAUCUGGGUGGUCGUACGACUUUGUACGAACUAAGUGUGGAGAAGAAGGGCUCCCAAGACAAUCGUAGUGUUACCUUAGUUCGUUUCGAAGACUGGUUUGAAGAAAUACCUGGAAACAUAUCAGAGAUGAUGUCGUUGAUCAGCUUCGUGGACAGUCGCCGGGAGGUGGACGACAACAGCAGCCCCAUCAUCAUUCAGUGCAUGGACGGGGUGGCCAAGAGCGGGGUGUUCUGCGCGCUGUGUGACGUCAUCAGUCGACUGACACGUGACAAGGACGUGGACGUGUACAUGACCGUGAGGGAGCUGCACACCGUCAGGCCUCAGGCUCUGACCUCGGUGGUUCAGUACCGCUACCUGUACCAAGUGGCUCAACACUGGCUGUGUGAUAUGAAUGUGUACACCAAUACUAGCUGAACAUCUCUACACUGAACCUUUUACAAUAUGAACAGUAGAACCAAAGCUAUCUGAACAUUGAGAAACGCCCAGACUUUCAAAGUGACCCUUGUUCACCCUGAAUGCUUUCUUUCAUGAAGAUGAAAACAUUAUUAUGAAAAUACAAGUCUAGUAAUCGUUUUAUCACAAUAUUUUUGACACUUUUGGUUUGUCUAUUAUCUUGUGUGUAAUAUAAGUAAGACGUGUCCUAUGUGUUACAUCGAUGAAGAGGAUGAGCUUCACUGUUUACUACGUUGUCCAUGUUUGACAGAGCUGAGAAAAAGCUUCAUUUCGAAAAUAUAUUGCAUUAGACCGAAUACUUUAAACUACCGAUGCUGAUGUAACAAAAACAAUACUGUCUAACCUUGUCACAUUUUUUAUAUUUAGCGACAAAGAAAACAAAUGUUACUCUACACUAAAGAUAUUCUUCAUUUAUUGUUUAUUAUAUAUUUUCCUGUAAUAUGUUGUACACCAAUCUUACCAUACGGCGCUGCCAGGGGGACCCUUGCAUCAGAAUUUCCACGCCAUCGUGACAAUACAGUCGGGGCUUCCUGCAUAUAAGGCUAAAGUUGCUAUGAUACUGUUGCAUCUUCAUUUCUUAAUUACUGAAGUACAAUAUGGCAGCUAAACUAUUGUGACCAACAUUCCAGAUGUUCUAUAAUGUCCAUGCUUGUGUACAGUUAUUUAAUGUGAUGUUCAAUGUGUGAAGAUUAUUUAUAUUUUGCUACCUGACUGAGAGUAGACCAGUGUUCUUGUAAUAUUAUGCAUAUGGAGAAAAUAAUGAAAUCUCUUG